CUUCACUGAGGAGCGUGGAACUCAGUUUUGACUUGGUUUCUGUAACCUUUCAAGUUUUGUUCAUAUAACUUGUGCAGCUUAGGUAGAAAAAGGACUAGUCUGUCAUUCUGGAGCUUUUGUUUCGUUGUCUCUCAGAACCUCGUUUAAUCAAGUGUUUAGGUUAGAGAGAAAGCUGCAGCAUAUUUAAGUUUAGUCUUCAGCGUUUGUAGCGAGCCAAGCAUCCUUGCUGAGUUGCCUCGGCAACUGUGUGGGUCAGCUGCAAGCCUGGGAUCAUAUGCACAUAGAAGAAUACAUUGAAGAAGAUGAGGAACCACCUUUGCUGCUCGGCUCUUGUCCUCCUCGCGGUGUUUGGCUUUGGUGAGACUGCAGCAGUGCAGGGUCGGCGGGGAGAAGGGUGCGUGUGUCUGCAAUGCCCUCCAGGCCAGGAGCCAUCCGAGCCUUGUGGGCAGAUCCAGAGUCCGGCUGAAGAAGCGAAAUGUCAGCCGUGCCCACCUGGAAGCUUUUCCGGUGCAGUCGACGCUGAGCUCUGCCGCGCACACACAUCCUGCCGGACCCUGGGCAGAACCGUUGCAGUCUCUGGCACUCUGACCUCGGAUGCCGUCUGUGGCGACUGUCUGCCCGGAUUUCUCUCCCCUGAUGAAGGACAAAAUACCACUCAAAGUCCCUGCGUGAAAAAGCGGCGCGUCAGAAAGGUUCGCACGGUGGAGGACGGUUUGUCCGGCGGAGCGGGAGGACCGGCCAACAGCACGGUGGUUCGCAGCGCGGAGGAAAAGACGGCAGAGUACGCCGUGUUCGCCCUGGUGCCCAUCUUCUGCAUUAUGGGCCUGCUGGGCAUCCUGAUCUGCAACAUCCUGAAGAAGAAGGGAUAUAACUGCACCGGUGAGAAGGAGGGACGGGAUGAAGAGACCGCCACACCCCAGAAAGAAGGUGAGGACGUGCAACACUGACCACAUUGGUGUCAGAUGAUAAUAAUACAAACAUGCAUCCAGAGCUGUGAAGUGCCCUAAAGGCAUCAGGUCGGAGGUAGAGGAGGCUUUUAUCAAUCCCAGCAAGGAGUCAGUCCCUGAGUCAACAGAACAGGAAUGCGAAGGGCUAAAAUGUCAAACAAGAGGUAGAUAGAAAUCAUUUAAAUAAGCUGUGAGACGGAUUGAAAAAGAUAAAACAGAAUGGAACCAAGCUCCAACACAAAUGUUCAUUCAUCACACCCACUGUCUGCACUCUGUAUGGUCUGCUUUUCAAAGAACAGCCGCUCUGAGACAGUUUAGCUGAACAUAAUUCUCAGCCUUGGACCUAGACGCACGUGAAAAUGAGCUUUGAAAGCUGCUGGUGAGAGGCAGUGAUCAC